AUGACAGCUGAGACUGAAACCGCCGCCGCCCCUGCUCCCGUUGAGGAGACACCCAAAGAGACGACUGCUCCUGAAGAACCCAAGGAAGAACCCAAGGAAGAACCUGCCAAGGACGAACCCGCCAAGGAAGAUGCCACGCCCGAGGAACCCAAGAAGUCGUUCAUGGCUAGUUUCUGUGGUUGUUUCAUGAAGGCUCCCGCGGAGGAGGGAACUCCCACUGAUGAGAAGGUUCCCGAACCCACCAAGGAUGAUGCCGCUGAAGAGCCCGAAAAGAAGGAGGAGGCGGGAAAGCCAGCUGAAGAAGUUCCCGCUGAGAGUAGUUAG